AUGCUCCUAGAACCUUCCGGGAUUGCCUAUCUUUUCUUCACUAUCUUCUCCGUUAGCCGGUACUCCUUCUUCGCCUCUCAUUCCCCUGCAUACUGUUGUGUGGUUUUAAUUAUAUCUAUCGUCGUGCCUCUCCUAACCCUCGUCAAGUCCCCCUCUAGAAUGGCUAAACUUCAUCUCCAAUCAUUUCACUAUGUAUUUGCCUCUCCUAACCUCGCCCCCAUGUCGCCAUUCCUCGUCUGUAAUCUAUAUUCAUCUGAUUUUGGUUUCAUUGUUGCCUUGGAUCCGUUACUUUUGAGUUUAUCUCCAACCACGAAACAGGAAAGGAACUGUGGCGCACCAACCCUUGCUUAG